CCCAAUAUUUUAUUUCCCUAAAGUUUUUCUCUCUCAUUUAAUGUUCGGAGGAAUAUUAAGGCACCUCUUUGGUGGUGCGUAUGCAGCCCUUCUUUUGCUAGUGAUCCUAUCCACCCACCAUGGUUGCAGUGCUAGAAAGAACAACAAUUACUGCGCUCCUUCUUCUUGCGGCAAUAUCCAUAAUAUUAGCUACCCUUUUCGAUUAAAUACCGAUCCUGAAAGCUGCGGCAUCAAAACUUAUGAACUUGCUUGUGAAAACAACGUACGUCCAGCUUUAUACUUGAACAAGGUAAAAUAUUAUGUUCAGGCAAUCAAUUACGGUGGCUUCACAAUUCGACUUGUGGAAGCUGGUGUUCAGCAGGAUGAUUGCUUCUCCAUCCCUCAUCAUUCUAUUAUGCCAUAUAUUUCGCCCUCGGCGUAUUAUGAUCGACGUUAUAUUGGAUAUCAAGUAAUAACUUUUAUAUGUUGCGAAAAUCAAAUACUGCAUCCUCCAUAUCAUUUUUUGGACACUUCUUCUUGCAAAAAUGGCAGUAGUACUGCAUAUAAUUCUUAUUCGUUUAGCAGUAUCUCUUCUCCCAGCUGCAUCAAGGAAGGUUAUUCCUAUGUCAUUACUGGUGAUGCGCACUUUAAAGAUAUACCGGACUUAUGCCGUAUAAAUUUGAUUUAUACUGUGCCUGGAUUUCUUCUGCCAGAAAAUAGGACCAAUAUGUCCUACAUAGAUGUCCAUGAUGUUUUGGUACAUGGGUUCGAGCUUUCAUGGUUGUCGGCCUGUUGUCAUUCUGUCAAGGAAAACCGCUGCAACCUUGAUGAAUCCACCAGGAACAAUUAUUGUAGACAUGCCGGCGUCAUUAGACGUGCAAGAGAAUUUCUGGAAGUUUAUAUAACCGCUUACAUUUAUUAUGUGGGAUAUUCUAUAGAUAAAGAAUUCCAUGAUUAUGUGGGAUAUUCUAUAGAUAAAGAAUUCCUUGCCUAUAAUUUUAAUGUGUUCGUCACUCCAUAUUCAUUACGCCUUGUCAUAGUUGUGCUCACUGCGCUACUUGCCCCCAUUGCGGCAUAUCGUGUACUGUUAUUUUUGUGUGGGCUUCCAUGUCUUAUAACCUUGCUGGUCUACAAAUGGCGAAGAAAACAUUUAUCCAUAUAUGACAACAUUGAAAAGUUCUUGCAAAGUCAUGAUAAUGAUCUUAUGCCAGUAAGAUACUCUUACUCGGAUAUUAAGAAGAUAACCAAUGGUUUUAAAGAUAAGUUGGGUGAAGGAGGUUUUGGCUUAGUGUACAAAGGAAAGCUUUGUAGUGGCGGUUUUGCGGCGGUAAAAAUUUUGAGCAAGUCAAAAGCCAAUGGACAAGAUUUUAUCAACGAAGUUGCCACCAUUGGAAGAAUUUACCAUGUCAAUGUUGUGCGACUCAUAGGCUUCACUGUCGAGGGUUCGAAGCGUGCUCUUAUAUACGAGUUCAUGCCUAAUGGGUCUCUUGAUAAGUACAUUGUUUCUCGACAAGGUAGCAUCUCAUUGAGCAAUGAGAAAAUGUACGAGAUUUCUCUUGGGGUGGCUCGUGGAAUUGAAUAUCUACAUCAAGGUUGUGAUAUGCAAAUUUUGCAUUUUGAUAUCAAGCCUCACAAUAUUCUUCUUGAUGAAAAAUUUAUUCCAAAACUUUCAGAUUUUGGACUAGCAAAAUUAUACCCAACAGAUAAUAGUAUUGUGCCCCUUACUGCGGCUAGAGGAACGAUAGGAUAUAUGGCUCCUGAAUUGUUUUACAAAAAUAUUGGAGGUGUCUCUCACAAAUCCGAUGUCUAUAGUUUUGGGAUGCUGUUAAUGGAAAUGAUUGGAAGAAGGAAGAACUUGAAUGCAUUGGCGGAUCAUUCAAGUCAAAUUUACUUCCCUUCCUGGAUUUAUGACCAAGUUAGUGAAGGAAAGGAUGUUGAACUAGGAGAUCAUGCCACGAAGCAGGGAAAAGAAACAAUAAAGAAGAUGAUUAAAGUGGCAUUAUGGUGCAUACAAUUGAGGCCGAAUGAUCGUCCGUCGAUGCAUGAUGUUGUGAAGAUGCUUAAAUCAGAUGUUGAAUCCCUACAAAUGCCUCCUAAACCUUUUUUAACUCCACAUCAUAUGCCAAAAGAUGAUGAUACGACCAAUCCAAUAAAGUUAUCUGAUCCACCCAGUGAUUGUAUCGACUCUUCAUAUCAGUUUGGUCGUUAAUGAUGAAAAUAUAGUACUUAGUGUCUCUAUUAAUUUUGAUAAAGGAUUAACUAUGUGCACUGUGUAAGUGUUUAAACUUUAUUGAUUGUAUCUAUGGGUUUUUGAAUAAUAUCUCUCAAUGACUCAAGUGUUGAAUUCCA